CGUCCCAAUUUUUUUUUCCUUUUUCGCGCCUCAAUCGCUGUAACCUUUUCAACUGUGUUUUUGUUUCUCGAUUCUUCCUUUCAAUUUCACUCACCAAUCACAUUCUCCAUUUUUUUUUCCCAUGCUCCUCUCCUCAUGAACUCCACCAUUCACUCGCCUCCACCGCCGAACCCGUGCUCCUUAACGUUCCGAAUCUCCACCCGGAACAGUCGUCGAUUCAGUUGCUCAGCUGCCUUGGACUUUGGCCAGAGGAGGCUAAGUUCGUCGGUAAUUCACAGGAGGAGGAUGGAGUGGUUUCGCAGCAUCAGCCGCGGUUGUUUUAGGAGCAAGGAGAGUAAAAGCGGGCUGAGAGUGGAGGACGAUAGUGGCGGCGAAGACGUGUUCGAUGCCUCAGCUGCCAAGUCUGGGGACCCUCCGGAGCAUCUUGUUAUCAUGGUCAAUGGCAUCGUUGGGAGUGCUGCUGAUUGGAGAUUUGCUGCAGAGCAGUUUGUGAAGAAGCUUCCUGAUAAAAUAAUUGUGCACCGCAGUGAAUGCAACUCUUCAAAAUUGACAUUUGAUGGUGUUGAUUUGAUGGGUGAGAGGCUAGCUGAAGAGGUAUUGGCAGUUGUCAGACAAAGGCCUGAGGUUCAGAAGAUCUCUUUUGUGGCUCACUCUUUAGGUGGUCUCGUUGCAAGAUAUGCUAUUGGCAGGCUCUAUGAGCAUUCUUCAAGGUUAAAUUCUUCAGAUCACUAUGGGAUCUCAUUAAGUGAAGAACAUACAAAGUCCUCACUUAAGCAGCCUUAUGAAGCUAGAAUUGCUGGAUUGGAACCCAUGAAUUUUAUAACUUUUGCAACCCCACAUCUUGGCUCAAAAGGACAUAAUCAGCUUCCCCUUCUCUGUGGUCUUCCUUUUCUUGAGAAGAGAGCCUCUCAAACUGCGCACUUAGUUGCAGGGAGAUCUGGGAAGCAUCUGUUCCUGACUGACAGUGAUGAUGGAAAACCUCCUCUUCUCCUUCGAAUGGUUAAUGACUCUGAUGACUUGAAAUUCAUCUCAGCUUUACGGGCUUUUAAGCGACGUGUGGCAUAUGCAAAUGCAAAUUAUGAUCAUAUGGUUGGGUGGAGAACAUCAUCGAUCCGGCGUCAACAUGAACUUCCAAAGUCCAAUCUUCUUGUGAUAGAUGAGAGAUAUCCACAUAUUGUGUAUGUUGAGCUAGAAACUAAAAGGAAUGGUAAAUCAUCUUCCACUGAUAGAAAUCAAACAAGCGAUUUGGAAGAGGAGAUGAUACGAGGACUCACUCAAGUACCCUGGGAACGUGUGGAUGUUAGCUUUCAAAAGAGUAGACAACGAUAUGUUGCUCAUACAACCAUUCAGGUGAAGAGCUACUGGUUGAAUUCUGAUGGAGCAGAUGUUGUUUUCCACAUGAUAGACAACUUUCUUCUCUAGUGUUUAACAAACAUGGCAUCAUCUGCUUGGUCAUUCAACAAUGGGUUAGAUCACUUAUUCUUUGGUGCACCAUGUACAGGGUCACACAUGAGGAUAUUAGUGUGUUUUUUUGUUUCAAUGUUGAAACAUCUGGGAUAUUGCAAAAUAGUUGCAACUUAUCUCACUAUCUCUUCAUUUGUAUAUUAGCUUUCUUUUGUAAGGAUGCUGUUAAUUUAUUUUCUAUUUAGAAAAAGAAAAUGGAAUUUGAUUUUUAAAUUGUGUUGUGAUGAUAACUGUCAUACAAUUAGUGUACUUUCUAAGUAGUGUCUAGAUAUGAGAUUCUAGAAUUUGGGAAAGAACUAAAAAUGAAAAUCAGAAUGAAAU